GUUAUUCCUCUCUGUCCUUUCUCUUCUCCGCAACAGUUGGUAUGGCAAUGGCGCGAUAAACGGUUAUGGCCGCUGGCGGGAAACAAUUUACGGCAUGUUUGAGUGAUGGGGUGUUUUGAGUGAUGCUUUAUUUGCAUUUUCAUCGAUUAAAAUGUCAUUGUCCUAUAGCUACACACCUAAUUAUUUUUCCAUCAGUGAUAUCAUAGCCACGGAGGAACGAAUAUCGUGUCAACUAGAAGUGCCUUUGCCGGGUUUGGGUUUCUUGGAUCCAUCCUCCGAUUCCGAUGACUUGAAAGUUGGGACAAAACUGGAGUUUCCAUUCUGGUUAGCUCAGUCAUUGCACUGCAGGAGACGCCCAGUUGUCAGUGUUGAAAUUCCAAAAUUUUAUAAGGAAGGCUACCGGGAAAUAUUAGAGGCUGAUGCAAGUGCAGUGACUCUCAGCAAAUGGAGUCAACAUUAUUAUGAGUUAGGAAUGCUUAUCAGACAGUUCAAUCAUCGGGACUGUGAGAGAAUCAUAGAGAGUUUGGUUUUGACAUUCCGAUCUCGAAUUAGAUUAAUAAUGGAUUGGGCCCAGAAUCCAAUGCCAGACCCAACUCUAGCUGGUCAACUUCCAGUGCUCGAGAGAAAUUUAUACCUUUAUGGACGUAAAUCAAGGGAACUUUUAAUAGCAUGGUUAAAGCAGGGUGGUGGUAAUAUCGAGACAUCUGAAACAGUGACAAAUCUGCUGAGAAAACGUAAACGAACUGAAUUUGAGUCAAAUGAUUAAAUUCAAUAUAUAGUAAAUCACAUAUCCCUUUAUUCACUUAUACAAACAUCGAAUUCGUAAUUAAAUAACAAAUAAAAAUUAUUCUAUAGGCGACUAAAGAAUGAAAUCGUAAACAAGAGUGAACAUAAUUAGAUAACAAAUAUUUUUUUAAUAUUCCUUGCAUAGAGUUUGGAUUCACAACCCAAUGCUAAUUAUUAAAUUUCUUAUAUCAGAUUAAAAGAAAUUUUUGUCAAUGUCUGAAAACUAAUAUCUUGAAUAAAAUUCCUCUCUUAAAAAAGAAA